AUGGUUGAUACACGACGCGCUCCAUUCCUAGGAACGGCUCUCCAAAACCCACAAAGGAAUGGGCUUAUGUCGAUGCGGUCAGCCAAAAGCAUCAUGAGCUCAGCAGUGACCGAGAUCCCGAAGCCAGUCGCUUCUGGGUCCGGUGUCUCAUGUUCAAUCAUCCUGGCAGAGCCGAAUAUCUUUUUGACGGGCUUUGACCAUGACGGUCGUCCGCGACACGAAACCUCAAACUCAACAGCACUGCUUCGGGGCAAACUACAACUUGACGUCACAAAAAACGUCAAGCUCAAGUCGGUAACACUGAAACUCUCGGGGAAAGCAAGAACUGAGUGGCCGGAGGGAAUCCCACCGUUGAAGGUGGAUCAAUUCGAGGAGGAGUCUUUACGAACCCAGGUCCUCACAUUCUUCCACGCCAUGCAUGAGACUUGGGAGACAGAAUAUGGCAACCAAUGUACGUACAACAUAAAGCGAAGUGCUGAGACGUCAUCAAAUAUCAACCUGUCUGCUCCAUCGCAAACCCAGCUCUCACUUGGCCUCCGGAAUCGACCAAAUGGUAAUCUCACCGCGAAAGAAUAUAAGCGUCUUUCGUUACAAAACACCCAAGCCCGUAGUUUUGGAAAGGGUGAUUCGCCAGUUGCCAGCACAGUGCAAUUGAAAGGCUACAAGGUCUUUUAUCCCGGUACUUACGAGUACUCCUUUGAAUUACCAAUCGAUCACCACCAGCUGGAAACUGCCAAGUUGCAAUUCGGAUCAGUCAAGUGGGAACUGGAAACGAUAGUCGAACGUGCGGGCGCAUUCAAGCCGAACUUGCAUGGGACAAAAGAGGUUUGCAUCGUUCGUGUGCCCGACCAGCUAUCGUUGGAGAUGACAGAGCCCAUCUCCAUCAGCAGGCAAUGGGAAGACCAACUUCACUACGAUAUCAUGAUAUCGGGGAAGUCUUUCCCAAUCGGUACCAAAAUUCCCAUUGCUUUUAAGCUUACGCCCUUGGCCAAAGUUCAAGUGCACAAGCUGAAGGUUUUUGUUACCGAAUCCAUCGAGUAUUGGACCAACGAUAGACGCGUCACAAGAAAAGAUCCAGGAAGGAAGAUCCUGUUGCUUGAGAAGUCUGCAGGAAAGCCUCUUGAUAAACAGUACGAAAAUUCCGAAUUCACGAUUCUGAGCGGUGGUGAGCUAUCACCAAAUGAAAGACAUGAAGCACGGAUUGCGGCAGCACGGAGGAGAAGUGUCGAGGCAUCGCAACACCACACAGUACCACAGCCAUUGCCAGAUCCAUCAGACAAUCUUUUGGGCGACUUGGACUUGGGCCUAGAGUCAUACUGGGGAUCAACGGAGAUCGAAAUGAAUGUCCAAAUUCCAACAUGUGAGCAGAUGGCAAAGGACAAGAGCGUGCGCCUGAACCCCGACUGCAGUUGGAGGAAUGUUAAUGUUUACCACUGGAUUAAAAUCGUCAUGAGAAUAUCUCGGCUUGACCCAGAUGAUCCUGCUGGAAAACGAAGGAGACAUUUUGAAAUCAGUAUUGAUUCGCCUUUUACAGUACUCAACUGUCGAGCGACACAAGCCAACACCAGCUUGCCUGAGUAUUCUGGUUUGGAGCAGCCCAUGUACAGGCAACACGCCUCAUGCGGUUGCCCAGAUGCCAAUAUUCUUGCAACCAACCCUUCUCCUGCAUCAAGCACUGGAACGAUCCCCUCUGUAGAGCCCACUCCUAUCAGUGACAUUUCAGCGCCUCUUCCACCGCCACCUGCUGCACAUAUUGGUACCCAGGCACAAGCUGGGGGUACUCAGGCUGUGCAGCGUCCGAUACACCUGCUACGGUAUCCAUCAUUUAAUCCUCCGGCAUUUGACGAGGACGAAGCACCACCACCAAUGCCAACGCCCACGCCACCUCCUCAAUAUGACCAUAUUGUUGGCACACCUAGCGUGGACGGUCUUGCCGACUACUUUGCGAGGCUGGCAGACUAUGAUGACAAUGACAGCGACAGUGCUGACGAGGAUUUUGGCCAUCCGAGCAGGAUCGUGGAGCGAGGGCGUGUUAAUGUCGCCAACCCUCGCACUCCAGGCGGUAGAAUGGUUCCAAGUCGCAGUCUGGAUAUUGCCAGACCAGCUAUGCGAUUGAACAUGACUGGAGCCUUAAACGAAAGGCGUGCUUAG